AUGAAGGUCUACCCGCGGACGCGUGAGAGAGAGAGGGCAUGGAAGAUGGCUCUCGGUUCUGUCGUGCUCUCGCUUGUCCUAGCGCCGAUUGUGACUCCAAUUUUCGACGAUAAAGAAUUCUUCAAAAGCCACUGGUUCACCGAGGUUGGUCUAGCAUGCCGUGCACACAGAGAUCUUGUUGCCCCAGUGCUAAUUGGAAGUAUUAUGCAGACAAUGUGGUCCUUCUCCAUCAUCCUAGAAUCCGUAUGCGUGCUUCCCCAGCUCCUUCUACUCCGCCAGACUACCGUUCCUACGGUCAUCGACUCAUACUAUCUCCUCGCUCUGGGCUCUUACCGCGCGUUCUACAUACUGAACUGGUUUGUGAGAGGGUUCGGUCCCGAGAAACACUGGGAUCCAAUCGCUAUGAUCUUUGGUAUCGUUCAAACUGCUUUCUACGUUGAUUUCGCUUGGGUCUACUAUUCUCGUCAGCGCGUCAAGCUUCGAAAUGGUGGUGUGGUCGAUUCGGAAGAUUAUAGCAAAAGUUGGAUAGUUAACAAGGUGUUCAAUAUCAGACGGCGACGAGAAAGUCUGGACGAGGAGCAGAACCUUACCGGAGAAGGAAUGGAAGGGGAGAGGGGAGAUGGUGGUGAUAGGCCUAGCAACAACCGCUGGGGUGCUCGCGGCAUUUCCAUUUCAGCGGACGAUACCUUGGACGAGCACACCCGGCGCAAGCCCGGGGAUGCGGAUAACGAAGGCUUGGAGGGAUUCCUGGAGGAUGAGGAUGACAGUCUGGAUGACCAAACUGAUGGGCAGAGCCCAUUGCAUCACGCAUCGGUCACGUCCAAUCGUGACUAA